ACUAAAAAAAAAUUUAAUAUUAUAAUUUUCAUUUUCAUUUAAAUGAUAACAUUUAAUUUCAUUAUUAUGAUAAUUUAAAUAAAUUACAAAGAACUUCUGAAUUAUAUAAUAUUAAAGUUAGAAAAAAGAUUACACUUAAGCCCUUAAUUAUACGUGACGUUUAGCAUUUUUAUUUAAAAGAAAUCACAAAAUGAUUAGAAAUAAAGCUUUAUUAAAGAUAUUUCUAGUUUCAAUUAUUGUAUUAGUAUUUUUAUUAACUUUGAAAAAGAAAUUUAGAAGUAAUAAUGAGUUGGUGAGAGGUAAAGAUUUACUUGAAAUAGCUAUUCGAUCUGCUCAGUUGGGAGGAUUACAAGUUAUAAAUAUUUACAAACAGAAUUUAAUUAAAACAAGAUCCAAAGGUAAAACAAAAGAAGGUGCUAAUGAUCCAGUUACUAAUGCCGAUUAUACUUCUCAUUGUGCUAUGUAUUAUCAAAUUAAAAAUGCUUUUCCUGACAUAAAAUUGAUUUCCGAAGAAGAACUAUCAGAGUUAGAUUGCAAAAAACUAAAUAUACAGCCGAUUAAUUCAUUUGAUGAGAAAUAUAUAAUCAAUGUUGAAGAAAAAUUAGAAAAAAAAGAUAUAACUAUUUGGAUUGAUCCUUUAGAUGCUACACAGGAGUUUACUGAAAACUUAACACAAUAUGUUACUACUAUGGUAUGUGUUGCAUACAAAGGUAUACCCAUAAUGGGUGUAAUUCAUGAACCUUUUAAAUCAAAAACUACAUGGGCAUGGGAUUCCAAAUCAACGUCUCAAAAUUUUGAACUAAUAAAAGUUCCUAAUAAAAGAUCUGUAAUCGUAUCAAGAUCCCAUAAAGGGAAUAUUUUGGAUUAUUUAGAAACUCACUUAUUUAGCAUACCUAUAACAACAGCUGGAGGGGCAGGUUAUAAAGCAUUGCAAGUAUUAUUUGGAAAUUCAUCUGCUUAUAUACAUACAACUAAUAUUAAAAAGUGGGAUAUAUGUGCUGGUGAUGCUAUUUUAAGGAGUCAAGGUGGUAAAAUGACAUCACUAAAAAAUGAAGAUAUAUCAUAUAAUAAGUAUACUAAUUUUGUUCAUGUUGGAGGAAUUAUAGGAACUAUUCAUGAUCAUCUGUAUUAUGUUAAUGCCUUUAAAUAAAUAAUCAAUGUUUUAUUAAUUAUUAUUUAAAAUAGUGUUACUAGAUCAAUAAUUAAAUUUGCUUUAUAUAUAUUUUUAUUAUGUAUAACAGUUUUGAGGAGAAAAUAUUGAUUUUUGAAAUUUAUUUUAUAAUACUUACAAUUUAAUAAGUUAAAUGUUGGGCUGUGAUAAAAUUUAAAUACAAAUAAAAGU